UAAAACAAUUCGGAAUGAGACGGGCAAAAAAACUUGGAUUAAAAACCCGUCCCGUUUCCCUUAUCUGUGUUGUGAGUGUCGUACAAGCAGGCGUGAACACACAGAAAACAGGAAACCAAUGGAGAGCAACGGUCAAGAGGAGAAGACGAAAACAGUAAGCAAGGAACAAGUAAUUGCGAAACUCAAGGACGACGGCGACUUCGAUAAUCUUCGUCUCAAGAUAAUCCGCAAGCUUAAAGACAAUGAAGAAUUGCGCAAUAGCAUUAUUUCCAUUGUGAGGCAGUCAGCAGCUCUUAACCGUGCAGGGGCUGAAAACAUGAAACCCAGGCAACUUUCGGAUGCCAUAUAUAAUGAGGUUGGGAAUGAAAUGAUGAGUAAGCUUUCUGAUGGUGUGUGGGAAAUAAUUAGAUCAGGUGAUGGCAUGAAAAAUGAAAUAACAGAGACUGUACAGUCUGUCUAUAAUAAGUUGGUGGAGCCUAAAAGGAAGGAGGUGGGUGAAUCUUCUACUCAUGGAGUGGCGCUGGUUCAGAAUGAAGCUGACAAUAAGGGCCUUGUCAAGGACUCAACUGUUGCAGUGGAUGAUAACUUGUCUGAUGGUGAACUCCAAGAACCACCAGGAUUCUCUUUGUCCAUUAAUCAUCAGAACAACCAUGAACUCAAAGAGGAGUUGGAGCAGCCUAUGCAUUGCCAAGGGACUGUGGAAGAACGGAAGGAAGGGGUUAACCACUCAAAAGAUAAGCUGGAGGCUGAUGAUGUUGAUCCUGGUUUGCCACCUGGCUUUUCUACAGAUAUUGAGCAAAAGCAGCCAUGUGACGAUUGUGAUGAGGACCCUGAUGUGCCUCCUGGUUUUGGUUGAUGAGUCAGAUUCAAUGCAGUAUGUUGACACUGUUUUAGUGUUUGAUGGUGACCAUGAACGAUGUAGCUAUGAAUAUGACUGGAGGAUUCCUUUUGCCUCCUUAGAAGCUUGAAAUGGAUCAAACUUGAAGAUCAGGUGAUUUUGGUAUUUUUCUCAUGCUAUUGGGUUUUUUGAUUUAGAAUAUUUACUCAGAGCUUUGUUGGGAAAGCAAAUUAUAAGAUUCUGAGUUUGACAGGGUUAUUCUCAUUGGAUUCCUGCAUUAUGAAAAAUCUAUUGGAGGCCAUUGAUAAUGCGAAGUCCUUUUCCUGAAUUUUGGGUUCAUUAGUGUGUAUUCGCAUUAUCGUUUAAGUUCAUACCAUGUGCUGUUAUUUCAAUCAACAAUCAAUGGCAGCAAACUAUUCUUUUGUGCCA